CCGAAAAAGCUGGUGCAUUAUUUUCGCUAAAGUCUUAAAUUAAUGCUAGGCAAUUGGAACCAGAACAUACACAGACGAAAAUGUCCAGAGUCAAGUUCAAUGGAACAGUUGUACCAGCUAUUAGAAAUGCACUAAAACUAAACAGAUACAGAAAAGCAGCAUAUGAAUACAGAUGGGACCAGUCAGUUGAUCAUCUGUUUCCAGAGCACUAUAAACAAAAAUGUGAGGAAUUUAUGAGACGAUUGCCAAAACCAGUUCACUACAAACCAGCUGAGAGCAAGUGGAAAAUCAGUCCAGUGACUGACAGAUGGGAGGUAAACAAUGAUGAACCUGUCUAUGUGAUAUACCCAGAACAGUGCAAUGAUGGCCUAUGGGGUGGCGAAGGAAUCGUUCAAGGGGAAUAUAUUGCAAGAUGGAGGAGGAAACGUUCCUUAGAAUUUCCAAAAAUAUGGCGACCCAAUUUGUUAAGGAAGGUAUUUUACAGUGAAAUUUUAAAUAAAUGGUACCAUGUAGUGGUUACACCUAGAACAUUAGAUUUAAUAGAUGAAGCAAAUGGGUUUGAUAAUUACAUUUUAAAGACGCAUGAGAGAGAUCUGAAUUCUAGGCUGGGUAUGAAUUUUAAAAGAGCCAUGUUGCUAGCUUUGGUAAGGCAAGAUAUGUAUCCUGAUGACCCAGAGAAAAGGCAGAAGAUUUCUGACAAAUACAAAGAAUUUAUUAUUCCGGAAGAAGAGGCUGAAUGGUUAGGUUUAUCAAUUAAAGAAGCAAUUAAAAAAGGAAGGAGACUCCAGGAAGAAAAUAAUCCACAAAUUCCAUUGAAGUAUUCACUCACCAAAGUCUUAGCACUUAGGUUACAAGAAAUCUCUGAAAACAAAGACCAAGAUUCUGUGGAUGAAGGAUUGACAAAUAAAUUCAAAAAACUUAAUCCGUUUUCGAAGUCAGAUGACAAAAGAAGUUGAUAUUAACUGAAAUGUACAUGAAUGUUCAGAUGUAAACUUGAAUAGGUGUGUGGAAGUGGUGAGAAAGGAUCAGAAAUUUUUAUUGAACAGUAUUAAGUCAAGAAUAUGGAGAGCUGAAUGAUGUUUCAGAACCAAAUUUGAAGUGCUACAUCAUACUUAAUUGUGUCAAUCAAGAUUUAAAUAUCAAUAUAAAUAUGUUUAAAAUGA